CCCCAAUCCCCCACACAAAUCCUCUUCCUCGCUUCCUCCCUCCUCCAGGUUCCAACUUCUCCGAGCGACUGCGGCGGCUAGCGAAGAAGCUUUCCCACUUCCGGCGAUGUCGGGGCGCGGCAAGGGCGGCAAGGGGCUGGGCAAGGGCGGCGCCAAGCGCCACCGCAAGGUGCUCCGCGACAACAUCCAGGGCAUCACCAAGCCGGCGAUCCGGAGGCUGGCGAGGAGGGGCGGCGUGAAGCGCAUCUCGGGGCUCAUCUACGAGGAGACCCGCGGCGUGCUCAAGAUCUUCCUCGAGAACGUCAUCCGCGACGCCGUCACCUACACCGAGCACGCCCGCCGCAAGACCGUCACCGCCAUGGAUGUCGUCUACGCGCUCAAACGCCAGGGCCGCACCCUCUACGGAUUCGGCGGCUAGGGUGAUUCCCCAUCCUCUCCUGGUGGCGAACCACAUGGUGAUGUGUUCUGGUCUAGCGGAGUCGGUGGCCCAGUGCUUUCUGUAUCGAUGCUGUGUUCUGUGGUGCUUGUUUAGUAAUCUUUCCCAAAUCUGUCCCUUGCCUCAUUGCCUGUUUUUAGUAAUCAUCAGUAUAUAAACUGAUGAGUUUACAUACAGAUGAAAUUAGCCUGCGUUCAGUCUUCAUCGGUAUCAAAAGGGGACACAAAUCUA